GUGGUGCUGUGUGUCUCGACAGUGUUGAGGGAGGCUCCGGAGAGAGACAGAGAGAGAGAGACAGAGGGAGAGAGACAGAGGGAGAUGGCUGAAGGGAAGGAGGAGUGGACCGGGUCAAGAGCGACAGAGGAGACCCCCCUAAGGUGACCUUGAUGAUCCGGAUCAGUCCAAGCUGUGCACAGAUCCAGGACCAGAGACACAUGACAGAGACCCGCCCGGCCUGCACACACACACACACACACACACACACACACACACUGUCUGACACACACCGUCUCUCCUCCGAAGGACAGUCACCAGCAUCAGCCCGUGUCCUCCUGAAGGCUCCUCUCAGCCUCCUCUGGCUCUCACACAGGAAGCUUCGGACCCGUCAGCUGCUCAGGGUUGCCGUACCUGCUGCGUCCUGUCCGUCAGGUGGACCUGCUGACCCAGUGGAGCUCCAGCUCCAGAGGCCCAUGGCCCCUGUUUCUCUCCACCAGUGAGAGGUGAGCCAAGCUGGCCUCCCCGGCCCCCUCCCUGCCCCCGGCCCCAGACCUGGAUCCGGACCCGGACCCUGAGCCCGACCAGCGGCACACCAACGAGGAGCAGUAUGUGAGCGAGGGCGAGUGCAGCCAGCUCGACACACACCUGGCGCCGCCUGACUGCAGGGACGCCGAGACCAUCACAGAUGUGUGCAACAGCACCGACCUGCCCGAGUUUGAGAUCAUCAGCCUUCUAGAGGAGCAGCUGCCGGUGUACCGGCUGCGGGCUGACACCGUCUACGGCUACGACCACGAUGACUGGCUGCACACUCCCCUCAUCGCACCGGACGCCAGGCUCGACCUGACCACCGAGCAGAUCGAAGAGACUCUCAAAUACUUCUUGCUAUGUGCAGACAGAGUGGGCCAGAUGACGAAGACCUACAAUGACAUCGAUGCUGUCACACGUCUGCUGGAAGAGAAAGAGAGAGAUCUGGAGCUGGCUGCGAGGAUCGGCCAGUCGCUCCUGAAGAAGAACCGAACUCUGACGGAGCAGAAUGACUAACUGGAGGAGAGAGUGGGACAGAUCACAGAGGAGGUGGCGCAGCUGCACCAUGAGCUGAACAUGAAGGACGAGCUGCUGCAGUUUUACACCAAUGCAGUCGAGGAGAGCGAAGACGAGUCCAGCAGCUCCCCAACGGAAAAGAAGAGCAAAGUGGGAGCUGCUUCAGGAGGCUUUGUGAGUGACACGCUGCAGAGGAAACUCAAAGAGCUGGAAGAGGAGAACCUGUCUCUGCGCUCAGAGGCACACCAUCUGAAGUCAGAGACUGAAACUUACGAGGAAAAGGAGCAGCAGCUCGUCAAUGACUGUGUCAAUGAGCUUAGGUUGUCCAGUCUCCAAAUCUCCACCAUAGCGGAGGAACUGGCUCGUAAGACCGAGGAUGCAGCACGCCAGCAGGAAGAGAUCACACACCUCCUCUCUCAGAUCGUAGACCUGCAGAAGAAAGCCAAAUCGUUUGCGGUGGAGAAUGAGGAGCUGUCUCAACACCUGGUGGCAGCUAAAGAUGCUCAGAGGCAGCUCACAGCAGAGCUCCAGGAGUUGGAGGAGAAGUAUCUGGAGUGCAUAGAGAUGCUGCACGAAGCCCAGGAGGAGCUGAAGAACCUGAGGAACAGAAACUACCCUGCAGGAACCCCUCGACGCUUCCAUCCUCUGGGGCUGUACCCUAUGGAUUCUCUGGCGGCUGAGAUCGAGGGAACGAUGAGGAAGGAGUUGAGUCUGGAUGACCCAGAGAGUGAGGAGCAGAAGAUCCAUCGGAAGCGCGUGUUUGAAACGGUCAAAAACGUCAACCAGACGGUCCGUCAGCGCUCUCUGACUCCAACCAGCGCCAACAUCCCGGGCUCAAACCAGUCUCUGUCAGCUCGUACGUCACCCCAGUCCAGCGGCCUCUCCACGCCUCAUUCCAGCGUGUAUGGAGGUGACAUCAGUGGAGACGGUGUUGCCCUUGACAACCGGACGCAGAGCAUCCUGAUGGAGACGGCAGCCAGUCAGGACAGCGCUGAGGCCCGAGAGAAGAAGACCAGUGGAGCUGAGGACCUGCGGCUCGCCCUGCGCCGCCUGUCUCUGCGUCGACAAAACAACCUGAGCGAGAGGCGCUUCUUCGAAGAGGAGAGGGAGCGGAGACGAGGAGGACACGGAGGUCUACAUGACGCCCUGAGCCAGGAGAGUGCGCUGACCCCCUCAGAGAGCAUCAUGUCCCUCGGGAACCUCCACCUCUGGGCCUCGCGAGGACCCUACCUCCCCGACAAACUCCAGAUCGUCAAACCGCUUGAAGGCUCUGCCACCCUGCACCACUGGCAGCAGUUAGCUCAGCCUCACCUCGGGGUGAUCCUGGACGCCAGGCCGGGAGUCGUGCCCAAAGGCUACAGACCCCUGGAACUGGAGCUGGAGCAGGUGUAUCCGUGGGGCGGCUUCGAGGAGGAUGAACCAGGGGAGCAAUACUUCCAGAAUCUGCCCACCUCCUCGGCCUCUGCCUCUGCCUCACCCGCCGUGCCCUCCACCUCCAGCACGAGUGACACCAACCUCGGGCAGCCUCCACCCAGCCUCGCUCCACCAUCUCCACCCUCUCCAUCUGCGUCGCCUCAUCUCAGCAACACUGACGUCCUGGCUGCGUACUACCCAGGUAAAUGCAUGGCCCACACCAGCUCUACCUACACCUUCACCACAUGUCGGAUCCUCCACCCGACUGACGAGCUGACGCGGGUCACACCAAGUCUGAACCCAGUCCCAGCGUCGUCCGCCUGCGUGAUGACCAGCAGUCUGUUGGGCACACCUGCUGCCACACCCUGCACGCCGCGCAGGCUCAGCCUCAGGCCGUCCGAAUCCUCGACCAACCUCAGAGAUGCAACACGCACCACCAGCACCUCCCUGGGGUUAGUGCGCCUCCUCCAGGAGAGAGGGAUCUCAGCAGCGAUGUAUCACCAGAGUCAGGGCCUGGAGUACAGUCAGGGCAUCGGAGGAGUCUUAUUCAGCACCUCCAUCGCUCCAAACCGAGCGCCCAACCCCGACCCUCUGCGCCCCUCCACCCCUCCCAACUCACCCACAGGACAGGGAGCUUCAGCUGUGCCAACGUCCGCCGGCUUCGACUUCAAGAGCCCCUCCUACGACAACUUCCUGGCCUCCAAGCCAGCCCGCUCCAUUCUGAAAGAGGUGACGGGGAGGAUGAGAGGCAGGCAGAAAGGGAGGGACUGUGAGAGCCAGACUGACGUUAGCGUGACCGUCCACAACCUCAACCUGCUGGACAAGGUGAAGCGGCUGGGUGUGGCUGGAGCUCCAGGUGGCAGAGCAAUGAGUCCAGGCCCCAUCCUGGGGCCUCUGGGUGGGCUGCGCAGAUCCGGCUCCCCUUUUGGGCCCGAUGGAAUGAGGAGGAACCGGAGUUAUCCAGCCAUGGUGGGGGCCAGCAUGGCCAUGAAAGCCCCGGGGCCCCAGGAGUAGUCUGGACUGCUGCUGGCCGUUAAGGUAGCCACGUAGGAGCCAGGCAGGGCCGAGGACUGACUGUUGAGCAGUCACCUGGAGCCUGACACUGUUCAUACUGUACGAUGACAACAUGGCACUGCUGACAGUUUCUAACCACUGCUGUGCUUCCACACAGACACUGUCCACUCGUGCUGUAAUUCAAAGCAAAAUUAGGGUUGUUUUACCCAAAUUACUGCAAAUGAUUCUGAUGUGCACCCAUGCAGAUAGUCUUGGUUUAUGUGCCCAUAUUAUGAGACAUCUGAAAUGUCUCAGACGUGUCUGUAUCGAACAAUCUGAGCUCGUACAACCAAUUUCCUAUAAUUAAAUUUUAUGUAAUUGGGUGAACUGACCCAUUGAAAGCAGAAUAUUAAUAUAAUUACUGAGAUCUCUCCCUCUGCUGUCCACUCACAUCCCUGCUUUGGAGACUGACUCUGCUGGCUAGAUGUAGUACUCCCACUCUUGCCUUUACUGAAACACAUCCACAGAAUCCCACACACAUCAAGACACACUGGUGCACUCAAAUCUUAAACCUGCCAUCUUUGUAGUCUCUGUAGCACUAAACCAUGCCUUUCUUCUUCUCUCAUUGGAUUAAGAUCCACUUUUUAUAAAUCAUUCAAAACCUUUGACCAAAUAAAUAAAAACAUGUCACGCUUAAGACAGAUUUAUACUUCUGCGUCAGCUCUACGCACGAGGCCUACGCCAUGUUGAGCAUUAUACUUGUGCGUCUGAGUCACUCCAAAUCACUAGCCUGAGUGUCAGACUGAAGCUCCCAGAACCUUCAGUCUGACAUCGCCUCCAUUGAAGGCUAUUUACAAGG